AUGAUGCUCGGAGGUGGUGGUAGUUCUCAACCAAUAAUGGUUUUAAACGCAAAUACAAAACGCGAUCAAGGAAAAAAGGCUCAAUUUAGCAAUAUAUUUGCUGCUAAAACCAUCGCUGAUACCAUUCGUACAUGUCUUGGUCCCCGGGCUAUGCUCAAAAUGGUUCUCGAUCCAAUGGGUGGGAUUGUUUUGACCAACGAUGGCAAUGCUAUUUUACGUGAAAUCCAAGUACAACAUCCAGCUGGUAAAUCAAUGAUUGAAAUCAGCCGAACUCAAGACGAAGAAGUUGGUGACGGAACAACAAGUGUCAUCAUCUUGGCUGGGGAAUUGUUGGCCCAAACUGAACAAUAUCUUCAACAAGGUUUACAUGCUACAGUAGUCAUUCGUGCGUACCGAAAAGCGCUCGAAGAUUGUAUUGAUAUCAUGAAGACAAAGGCCAGCAUCGCGAUUGAUAUAAAAAACCGUGAUGAAAUGUUACGUGUUGUUAAAAGUUGUAUUGGAACAAAAUAUCUUUCGCGAUGGAGUGACUUAGCUUGCCAAAUAUCACUCGACGCAGUACAAACAGUCAUGAUCGAGGAACAUGGCCGACGAGAAAUCGACAUUAAACGCUAUGCUCGUUUCGAAAAGAUUCCGGGUGGUUCAAUUGAAGAUUCAUAUUUACUUAAAGGCUGUAUGUUAAACAAAGAUGUUGUUCACCCGAAAAUGAAACGACGCAUUGAAAAUCCUCGUAUCGUUUUACUCGAUUGUUCACUCGAAUACAAAAAAGGUGAAAGUCAAACAUCUCUCGAAUUUAGUGGCGAACCCGAUUUCACACGAAUGUUGCAAUUGGAAGAAGAAAGUAUUCGGGCAAUGUGCCAAGAUGUUAUCGCAGUCAAACCUGACGUAGUUGUUACAGAAAAAGGCAUUUCUGAUGUUGCUGCUCAUUAUUUGGCUGCAGCUGGUAUAUCAGCCGUUCGCCGAACAAAAAAAUCCGACAACAACCGAAUUUCUCGAGCAACAGGCGCAUCGAUUGUUAACGAUACAGCUGAUCUGAAAGAAGAAGACGUCGGUACAGGUUGUGGUCUUUUCGAAAUACGAAAAAUUGGCGAUGAAUAUUAUACAUUCUUCGAUCAAUGCAAAAAUCCUAAAGCAUGUACCAUCAUUUUACGUGGUGCUAACAAGGACGUGUUAAAUGAAAUCGAACGCAACUUUCAAGAUGCUAUGAAUGUUACACGUAACGUUAUGCUUGAACCACGUUUAACACCAGGUGGCGGCGCCGUUGAAAUGGCACUUUCAAGAGCACUUGAUGCUAUGAGUAACAGUGAAGGGACAUCAAACGAUGAAUUCUUCAAAGGUGUUGAAAAAUACCCGUACAAGGCUGUCAGUCGAGCAUUAGAAAUUAUUCCUCGUACAUUGAUUCAAAACUGUGGUGGUAAUGUUAUUAAACAAUUGACCACACUUCGUGCUAAACAUAGCCAACAAGCCGAUCAAUUCACCUGGGGUAUUGAUGGCGAAACUGGCCAAUUGGUCGACAUGCACAAGUUCGGUAUCUGGGAGCCAAUUGCUGUUAAAAUGCAAACGAUCAAAACAGCUAUUGAGACUGCCAUUUUAUUACUCCGUAUUGAUGAUAUCGUAUCAGGUACCAAGAAAGCAAGUACAUUAACGGAUGGACCCGGACAAGGUGAUGGCAAGAAGAAGAAAGAUGACGAUGAAAAUAAACCAACGGACGAAUCGAACAAGGAAUGA